CGUUAACACAAGUAUGCAAAUUCAUUGCCUCUCUUCCUUUACGCCACUCUUGUUUCCGGAUCUUGGAACCCCUGCUUACUGACGGUUUUUCUCCUCGGCAUAUUAGUGCUCACAGCGUCAAACACCUCACCGGCUCUCCACUUCCUGACGGUAUCACUGCCAUUUCCCAUUCAGUUCAUUCUUCUGCUCCAGCCUCAUCUCUCUUCUCCUCCUUCCCUCAACUGAACACCCCUCUACGUGCUCAAUUAUAUUGGUCUCCACCUCUUAAACCUCAGAGACCUCUACAAUUCCCUCGCGGCAUGAAGGACGACAGACCACCCUUUCAGCAGCGUUAUCUCCAUCAACAACAACGACAGAGUAGUUUCUGCCGUGAAGUAGCCAGUAACCAGAGCAGCGGCGUGGCGAAGAGGCCGAAUCCCGACGUGGAGUCCAAGGAGAAGGCAGGAGAUGAGUCGAACAUCGAGGUGGCCAAGCGGCCGCGUGGACGGCCGCCAGGGUCCAAGAACAAGCCCAAGCCGUCCGUCGUCAUCGAGCGCGAGGCCGAGCCCGCCGCCGCCAUGCGACUGCACGUGCUCGAGAUCCCCUCCGGCCACGACGUCGCCGACUCGCUAGCCGCUUUCUGCCGCCGCCGCAACCUCGGCCUCUGCGUUCUCUCCGGCACCGGCGCCGUCUCCGACGUCGCUCUGCGCCAGCCCCACGGAGGCAUGGCGGCCGAGGGGGCGGCCACGAUCACUUUCCGCGGCCGCUUCGAGAUCCUCUCCGUCUCGGCCACCUUCCUCCCGCAGGCGAUGGCUGUUCUGUCUCCUGCCGCCCGGGGUGCAAGCAUCUCGAUCUGUCUCGCGGGACCGAGGGGGCAGGUGGUGGGCGGAACGGCGACCGGGCCUAUGGUGGCCGCAGAGACGGUGGCGUUGGUGGUGGCAGCAUUCGCAAACCCGACCUUCCACCAUCUCCCCGCCGAAGACGGCGAGUCAGUCUCUGCUCCCUUCUCCAGCGGCGGUGGAAGCCAAAUGCAGGAGCACGACCAGCACGCGUACGCCCAGCGGCGCCGCCAAGGGCCAGCGGCUGAGUUGACCGGCUUGUUUAUGUACAGAAACCACGUGCCAUCGGACGCGAUUUGGCCACCCAUCCCACCACAACCUCCCCCAUUCUACAUGUCUAAUUAAUUACUCCUCGCCCUUUUCCUACUUUUCCUGCACCUCGAAGAGUUCAAGACUUCCAUUUGUUAUUUAAUUAGAGUUGAUUGGAUUGUCAUGGUCACAGCAUCGUUGUUGAGGAAGAAUAUAAACAAGCCACAGCAUUGUUGAUCGGACGCCCCAUUUAAUAAUCUCUCUCUAUUUGAGAAAUGCAUGCGCAAUGGAUGUAGACCAAGUAAAAUGGCGUCGGGCAGCGACUGGGGAGGCGUAAGACCAUCUUUGGCACCUUUUCCGUGGAUAUUUUAGGAGAAAAGGAAUGGAGUGCUAUGGAGAUCUAGCAAAACAUGCAUGAAUGAAUGGUUAGGGUGUGCUCGUCAGACUUCAGGUGGGGCUUAGCAGAGCGAUACAGUAGGCGCAGCGAUACGCAUGCGA